AUGCAACAAAAUAAUAAAGAUUUUGAUUCUGGUUCAAUUAACAGGAACAUAAAAUCUAAUAUCGAUCUAAAUACAUCUGAUAUAUUGAAAAUCAAAAAUGAAGAUGUGAAUAAAGAUAAUGAUGAUAAGUACGAAGAAUAUCCUAAAGAAAUUAUACAAAAUUUGAAAAACUCAGCCAUUAAGAGACUUCUCAGUAUUAUAAAUGGAAUUGCAAGUAAUAAAAUCAAACUGGAGAAAGAUAGAAGGAAAAUUAAGGGUUUGCUUCUAGUAUUUGAACAUAAUCUACAAUUACUUUUGGAGAGAUAUGAUAAUGCUAUUUUACAAAAUGUCAUUGGAUAUUAUAUUGACUUGAAUAAAGUUGAGGUCAUUAUUAAUCAAGCACCAUUUGAAAAUAAUCCUCCAUAUUUAUUUGUAAGAGAUUGGAUGCUGAGAAGCGAAAUUGAAAAUACUGAUCAAAAGAACCAAUUGAAAUUGAAAAGAUAUUUAGACAAACAUAAUUUAAAUUCUGGUAGCUGGUUUCAUGAUGCAGUUUUAAUAAUGAAUGUUAAUCACACAGAAAUUCAGGUAGUUUUUAGAAAAGCUAUUGGGAAUGCUUAUUAUCAUGAUGAUGUAAAGAUGAAAGAAGAUUGUGCAAAGAUCCUUAAAGAUAAGAAGUUGUUUUCAGAAAAUGAUUCAAAUUUAGAGAAAUUAGAAACAUAUGGAAUUUUUGUAUACAAGAGAGAUGUUUUUCUUUAUUCUAUGCAUUGUGUUAAUGGAGUUUAUAUUGUUGACCAAUUUAAUGGAUUUGUGGUUCCUAAUACACCUAUACAAUUAAAGAAUUUAUCUAAUAUUAUACGAAUAAUAAUUACAUUUAAAGUAACAAAUCUUAUUUAUGUGGUUAUAAUAUUGCUUAUGAUAAUUUGUAACUGA